UCUUCCAAUCCUCCAGCCGAUAUUUUCUUCUUUUUCGGGAGGAAAAAAACAAUGGCUGCUUCUUGCUUCACUCGCUUCUCUCUCCCGCCUUACAUCCCUUCAUCCCUCAAGAGAGCCAUACCAUUGCCGGCAACCCUCCUGUCUUCGCGACAGCAGUUUCGAUUCCCAAAUGUGCUCGUCAGCGCUACAAACCGCCGCCCGAUCUUUCUGAGAAUUAGGUCGAUGUCAACUGAUGGGAGUCCGGAAGCAGUUGAAGUCCCUCGAUCGGUGCCUGUCAAUGUCGCCCAUGAGCUCCUUCAAGAUGGACAUCGGUACCUGGAUGUCAGGACGCCUGAGGAGUUCAAGCUGGGCCAUCCUGUGGGAGCUACUAACAUCCCUUACAUGCUCAAGUCUGGAUCAGGGAUGACCAAGAACCCUAACUUCUUAAAGGACGUAUCCUCAGUAUUUGAGAAGAAUGAUGCAAUAAUUGUUGGUUGUUUAAGUGGGAAACGGUCGCUAAUGGCUGCAACCGAACUUUCAUCAGCAGGUUUUACUGGGAUCACUGACAUUGCUGGUGGAUAUUCAGCUUGGGUACAGAAUGGACUUCCGACAGAGCAAUAACUGUAUUCUAGCAGGCCUAUGCAUCUGUAUUCUUUUUCUAGCAGUCUAAUUUUGGUGAAUUGGUUAGCUAUGGAUACACAGUACUAGGGACAGGCAGAAUGAGGCCGCCGGGGAAAGAAAAAGAAAGGUGUUGAGCAUAAGCUGUACACAAAUCGAUACAUUUGCAGACGAUAAAAGCCAUCUACACAAAAAGGUAAAUAUGAUGAGUUACCGAAAGUAUCAUCGGUUAGGGAGGCAAAAAUUGUGAUGCCUUAUGUUAUUUGUAUCCUGCCAGUAAUUGGGUUGUUUAAGCUGCUUGCUGGACAAAAGGAGUCCCUUUUAAGUACAUGAAAGUUGCUCCAUGGAAAUCUUAGUUGUUGAACAAUCCGACAUGGUGGGCUAGAUGAUACACUGCAAUAUUAAGAAACAAAGGUAGAGGAAAAUGCAGAAGACUCGAUAACUUCUUGAAUUUAAUUUCUGCAA